GCGAUGGCAGUGUGAGGAGUAAAUGGCUCAGAGUAUCCGCGGUGGAAAGCGACCUAAACACUGGAGUAGGAACCGACACGCAAACAGAACGAGACGCGGUGCGUAAAAGCUCUCCACGGCGCACGGAAACGGUGCCAGGUGUCCAAGAAGCGCAAAAGAAGACUCCGACGGGGUUUUAUUUUUUUUCUUUUUCCUUCCUCUCUCUCUAUCUCUCUCUUUCGCUCUCUCUUUUGGUUAAUUUUUUUACGCGUGUGAUCAACGAGGAUAUCUUAAUUGGACAUGUGAGUUACGGGAGUUAACAAGAGAAGCAGGUUUUUUUUCUUCCCGCCCCCCAAGAUGAAGUUCUUCCCAGCUUGCGUCCUCGUCACUUUGGCGGUGAUCGGAUCCUGUGCGGCGCAAUCAGUUUGUCCUGGUACAGAGAACAAAUUGAGCACACUCUCAGACCUGGACCAGCAGUACCGCACCCUGAAGAAGCUCUACGAGAACUGCGAAGUCGUCAUGGGGAAUCUGGAGAUUACCAGCAUUGAUCGAAACCGCAACCUCUCCUUCCUCAAGUCUAUCAAAGAAGUGACCGGUUAUGUGCUGGUGGCACUUAAUCAGUUCGACUACCUGCCACUGGAGAACCUGCGGAUCAUCCGAGGCACCAAACUUUACGAGGGUCGGUACGCUCUGGCCAUCUUCCUGAACUACAGACGGGACGGUCUGUACGGACUAAGGCAGCUGGGAUUACGUAACCUCACAGAGAUACUGAAUGGGGGCGUUUAUGUUGACCAGAACAAAUUCCUGUGUCACGCAGACACCAUCCAUUGGCGUGACAUUAUCAAGAACCCCCAAGCUGAGCUGCUGGUGGUGCCGUCCAACAACAGCAACAAUGGAUGCAGACGCUGUCAUCGCUCAUGCAACGGACGCUGCUGGGGCCAUCAGGAGGACCAGUGUCAAACUUUGACAAAAACGGUGUGUGCAGAGCAGUGUGACGGUCGAUGCUUCGGGCCUUACGUCAGCGACUGCUGCCAUCGCGAAUGCGCCGGCGGCUGCUCCGGCCCCAAGGACACGGACUGCUUUGCUUGCACCAAUUUCAACGACAGCGGGGCCUGCGUGACCCAGUGCCCUCAGCCCUUUGUGUACAACCCGACGUCCUUCCAGUUAGAGCACAACCCCAGGGCGAAGUACACCUAUGGAGCCUUCUGUGUCAAGAAAUGUCCACAUAACUUUGUCGUGGACCACAGCUCCUGUGUGAGAGCAUGUCCCAGCAACAAGAUGGAAGUGGAGGAGAACCGGAUUAAAAUGUGCAUCCCUUGCACAGACAUCUGUCCAAAAGUGUGUGACGGUAUAGGAACAGGAAGCCUGCAGUCAGCUCAAACAGUGGACGCCAGCAAUAUUGAUAAAUUUGUCAACUGCACCAAAAUCAAUGGCAACCUCAUCUUUCUCAUUACUGGCAUUAAAGGGGAUAUGUAUCACGGUAUUGGGCCUUUGGACCCUGAGCGCCUCAACGUGUUCCGCACCGUGAAAGAGAUCACAGGUUACCUCAACAUCCAAUCCUGGCCUGAAAACAUGACAGAUCUUAGUGUUUUUUCCAGCCUGGCUACCAUUGGAGGCAGAGCUCUUUACAGUGGAAGUGGUAUUUCUCUUUUGAUCUUGAAGCAGCGUUGGAUCUCCUCACUCCAGUUCCAGUCGUUGAGUGAGAUCAGCGCCGGGAACGUCUACAUCUUCAACAACAGCCGCCUCUGCUUCUAUAACACUAUCAACUGGACGUCGCUAUUUAGGACCCCGAGCCAAAAAGUCCUCGUCCGUAACAACCAAGAUCCAAAGGAGUGCAUCCAACAACGAAUGGUGUGUGACCGAAUGUGUUCGGACGAUGGCUGUUGGGGACCAGGGCCAGACCAGUGCCUCUCUUGCCGAUAUUUCAAGCGAGGCCGUACCUGCGUUCAGUCCUGCAACCUUUUUGAUGGGGAAGAGCGUGAAUUUGCCAAUGGAUCCGUGUGCCUGGCGUGCGAUAGCCAAUGUGAGAAGAUGGAUGGAAACACUGUGACAUGUCUCGGUCCGGGCCCAGACCAGUGUGUAAAAUGCCUCCACUUCAAAGACGGCCCUAACUGCGUAGAGAAGUGCCCCGAUGGGCUGCAGGGAGCCAACAGUUUCAUCUUCAAAUACGCCAAGGCCAACAACGAGUGUCAUCCCUGCCAUGCCAAUUGCACCCAGGGGUGCGUCGGGCCAAGACUCCAAGAUUGUGUUGGGAUGAUGGACAGGACACCCCUGAUAGCAGCUGGAGUCAUCGGCGGCCUAUUCAUCAUCGUCAUUCUGGCGCUCAGCGUGGCCGUUUAUGUUCGCCGCAAAAGCAUCAAAAAGAAGAGGGCCUUGCGGCGUUUCCUGGAGACAGAGCUGGUGGAGCCCCUGACCCCCAGUGGAACUGCUCCAAACCAGGCCCAGCUGCGGAUCCUGAAAGAGACAGAGCUGAAGAGGGUGAAGAUUUUGGGUUCGGGAGCUUUCGGAACAGUCUACAAGGGCAUCUGGGUCCCAGAAGGUGAGACGGUGAAGAUCCCCGUGGCUAUUAAAAUCCUCAAUGAGACCACCGGUCCUAAAGCCAACGUGGAGUUCAUGGACGAGGCCCUGAUCAUGGCCAGCAUGGAGCACCCCCACCUGGUGCGUCUCCUCGGUGUCUGCCUGAGCCCCACCAUCCAGCUGGUCACCCAGCUCAUGCCCCACGGCUGCCUCCUCGACUAUGUGCACGAGCACAAGGACAACAUUGGAUCGCAGCUGCUGCUCAACUGGUGUGUCCAAAUUGCAAAGGGAAUGAUGUACCUGGAGGAGAGGAGGCUGGUCCACAGGGACCUGGCAGCUCGGAACGUGCUGGUAAAGUCUCCCAAUCACAUCAAGAUCACCGACUUCGGCCUAGCCCGACUGCUGGACGGCGAUGAGAAAGAAUACAACGCAGACGGGGGAAAGGUCGGUAUGCCCAUUAAGUGGAUGGCUCUGGAGUGCAUCCACUACAGGAAGUUCACCCAUCAGAGUGACGUGUGGAGCUACGGAGUGACCAUCUGGGAGCUGAUGACAUUUGGAGGCAAGCCUUACGAUGGGAUCCCCACGCGAGAAAUCCCAGACAUCCUGGAAAAAGGCGAGCGCCUGCCCCAGCCGCCAAUUUGCACCAUAGACGUCUACAUGGUCAUGGUCAAAUGCUGGAUGAUUGAUGCAGACAGCAGGCCGAAGUUCAAAGAGCUGGCCGCCGAGUUCUGCAGAAUGGCCCGUGACCCACAGCGAUAUCUGGUGAUUCAGGGAGACGACCGUAUGAAGCUUCCCAGUCCCAAUGACAGCAAGUUCUUCCAGAGCCUGCUGGACGAACAGGACCUUGAUGACUUGAUGGAUGCCGAGGAGUAUCUGGUGCCUCGAGGUUUCAACAUGGCCACUCAGUCAUGCACGACCAGGCCUCGUGUUGACCCCAACAGGAAUCAAUUUGGCUAUCGAGAUGGUGGUCCAAAUGCUGCAGAAGGACCCUUGGCAGGCACACAAGCUUGUGUGAACCAGGAUGCCACAGGUGGCCCGAGCCCAGUCCUGGAGGACCAGCGUUGUAAUGGAAGCCUGCAUAAGAAGAGCCUGAGCCAGGCUGGAGGGGAAGACAGUGGGGGUCAGAGGUACAGUGCUGAUCCAACCAUCUUUCUGGGAGAGAGAGCAUUGAGAGGGGACACUGAUGAGGACGGAUACAUGACGGCAAUGAAGGACAAGAGCUCCUCAGAAUAUCUGAAUCCCAUUGAGGAGAACCCGUUUGUCACGCGACGUAAAAACGGCGAGAUCCACGCCCUGGAUAACCCAGGCUACCACAGCACACCCAACAGUCAGCCCAAAGGAGAGGACGAGUACAUCAAUGAGCCCCUCUACCUCAACACCUUCCAUACCCCCGCUGAGCUGGGCCUGGAAGCCCUGAGGAGAAAUGGUCUGCCCCUACCCACCCAACCUCCUUCUUCUAUCUCAGCCACAACCUCAGGCUCCCAUCUCCCGCUUACCAUCCAGACUAGCCUGCCCCACUACCCCCUCCCCACAGCCCAACCAUCUCCAUCUGGUAUUCCUUGCCAUCAUGGUCCACCGACUCACAUCCUCCAUGCCCACCACACCGUCAAACCUGCAGGGCAACCUGGCAAUCCAGGUGGCAGCUCUGUUGCUCAGAGUCAAGCAGGAACUACUGCUCAGGCUCAGGUGAGCCAGUCGGGCGCCCUGUCCACUUCAGCCACCAUUGGGCAUGGCAGCCUGCCAGCCUACCAGAGCUACGCCACCACACACCCUGCCAGUUUGCUGAAGCAUGGAGGGCAAACAUCAGGUAAAGCCAGCGGAAAGAAGCUGAAGGUGACCUUUGACAAUCCAGAAUACUGGCAGCACAGCUUGCCUCCCAAAUCAUCUAACCAGGCAGCCUCAGAUGGUGCCCAGGGAGGUUCCACCAACGCCAAGCUCUUCUAUAAGCAGAAUGGACACAUACGGCCGGCAGUAGCUGAAAACCCUGAAUACAUGUCUGAGUUUUCCCUGAAAGCUGGAACCAUCUUGCCACCUCCACCUUACCGGCAGCGAAACACUGUGGUCUAGAUUAUUCCAUUUAACAAACGUUCCCCAAUCUUCCUCUAGCCUCCAACAAGCCCAACAUCCUCUCCAGUUCCACGGUCCUACACAAAGAGAGAGUAGCACCAACCAAGGCUGCUCUCAGCCCUGCCCAGAUAACAGGCCAUCUGCUGUAGAUUGUAGCAACAUCUGGAGGAGGUGGACCGAACCAAGCAGAAGCAACUCAGACCCCUGAACUGUCACUAUAGACAAUCUCGUCCAUCUCUGUUCUGUAGAUAGAGACUGUGCUCCAUGUCAUUCAGAAUGUCAAGGUUAUGGUAGUUUUCAGUAAAGAACAGAUGCUUAAUUAUCACACAGCAGUGGAUGGACUGUAUCUGGGGGUAUCUGAACUCACUGCCAGCCACUUGGGUUUCAGAUUUGUGAGAGGAACAAGAAGUUUUACUAAUCUUUUUGCUUUCUAUUAUAAAGUUCUGAGGAGGAACAAUAUUCUGCAAAGGGUUUCUGAAAGACACAAUCACAUAGAACAAAUACAGUCUGUUAGAUGUCAAGAUGCCUGGUUUUCUGAAUGACAUUAGAGUGAGGUAGCCAGGCAACAAAAGCAAAAUAUGGAGGAAGAAAAGACAAUAUAGAGUGGACAACAAAAGAUGGAGCACUCAUCAAUCAUAUUCAGUGAUUUUGCCUAUAGGAUUAUACCCACCGUGUGUUCUUUUAUAUGAAAUAUGUGAAUCUCAUCUCAUCCUUCUACUGUAACUGUGAUACUGUGAUGGACAAAACUACAGUGAUCUUUUCUUUCACAUUUGUAGUUCAACCAUGGACUUUUUAAAUUGCUCGAGAAUCUGCAGGGCAACUGCUGUUCUGUUGGUUUUGCUUGGCUGCUGUCUGUUUGGAGAAGCUGACUAAAACAGCUUUCCCAGGGCAAAUGGUAAAAGGGAAACCACACUGUAAACACUUUUAUAAUCACGGGUUUCAGUGCUGAAAAGAUUUUUAUACACUGGUUUUCCCAUUCAAGCUAACUCGGAUGAGAAAACCUGCUAUGAGCUGUAGAGUACUCCAGUAAAGCAGCUGAACUCAAAAUGGUGUUCAAAGAGAGAGAAAAAACUACAGAAAGGGGAGGAAAAGUUCAUGAAAGUUUAUACAAACUGACUAAUGAAGACCUCAAGGAAGGAACAAGACAGCACCAGCAGAGCACAGUUAAACAGACUACUUUAUAUGUCUAUCUGUCUUUAUGUUAGUGUGAUUGGGAUUAGUGUGUGCGUGUAUGUUCAUAUUUUAGCAAGCUACAGAUGAUCCCACUGGGGGGUAAAAGUCAGUGUUAAUGGAGUCGAAAGCUAAAGAUCUUCAGUACUAACCAACAAUCGACUCUAUCAAGGCUUUUUUUUCCUAUGUUAAGUAUAAAACAAACCAAGCUCAAAUCAAAAGAUCAUUAAAAGCCCCAAACUGCACCAAAUGGCACCAAAUCUCUGGAAGGGUUUUAUAGAUUUAGGGUGUCCUUAGCUAACGUUACUUUCUUUGAGUUGAUCAAAAUCAAGAAUGUGAGGAUUUAUCAUUUUAGUAACUGGAACUGGAGCUUGUCUCGGUCAUGGUGUUUGUUAUAUUCUCGAUUGCUUGGUCCGAGAAAAAGUACAACUCUAGACUACUUUUGGCCACAUAAUUCUUGAUUAUUUUUGUCCACAUCUGAUCUAGAUGUUUUUUGCUUCUUUUUUUUUACAGAAUCAUGUUUUUUCCAGACCCCACCCAUAUUCUUAUUAGACUGUUAAUUGGUAGCUAAUUUCAUUUUGGCUACUAGAAGUGUCAGUGGUUCCUACCCAAAUUGUUCACAAGGCAGAAGUCGAUAAGCUAACCUUGUCUGCUAGAAAAUGUAUUUUAAAGAGCAAGAAAAAAUGAUGCUUUCAAAUAAGUCAGAUGUUUCAAAGCUAAAUGUAUUCUUUAGCAUUAAAGCUAACUUAAGCCUCACAUGCACCUCCAUAGAAUUGUAACUACACCUUGUGGCAACAUAGAUCUCUGAUCUUGCCAACGAAUAUGUGGCCAUAGAUUGUGGCUAAAUACAGAAAACUUGACAGUAGCUUGAAGUGUAUAUUUUAUUUAUAUUUCAACCAGGACAACUAUAGUCAGAAGACUGUUGUUUUAGUAAUUUCUGUUUGGAGGUAUGGUUCUAUUCUGGGCUAAUGUAGAAAGCACAAAGCAGGAAGACUCCUUUCACGUAAACUAUACUUCUGUUUCAGCUCUACACCGUAACUUAUACCAUAACCAGACCCCAUUUUAACCCUAUGCCGCAACCUUCUAAGUAACAUGUUGUGCACUUCCCUAGAAAUGUAACUACAUGUCGGGCCAAUGCAUACCACAACAACUUGAUGGUGUGGAAGACCUCAGUGUAGGGAUACAAGGAUUUUCCAAUUACGUAGUUAGUUGGGAUGUUGAGAUUUCCCACAGUAGUCUAAAUGAAGUUUAAGAUUUCACAGAGCAGAAAUAACAACAAAUGUGAAAAGGAAGAGUUAGCUGGAUGUGGGGUUGGCUGCUUCCAAAAAACUGUCAUAAGGAUGUGUAGAAGGGUACUAGCUGAGACAUUAGCUUAUCCGCUGGGACUGUGGUGGAGCUUGACUUUGUCACCUAGCUGAACUUGGCCUUUGCUCCAGUUGUGGUCAGAAGUUUAUAUCCACUCAUCACAAAUAUCAUGAUCAUUUUGGGCUUCUAAUGAAUUCUUUGAAACUGUCUUUUUUCCAUGGUGAAAUGACUGUAUAGUAUACAUAUUUAAUGGCUUUAAAAACAAAAAAUUGGGCUUUAAAGUUUUAAAAAGUAUCUGGCAUAAUUCUGGCUGGAUAUUUGGCCACUCUUCUUGGCAUGCAUUGAAAAUGUAAAAAGUAAAAGAAAAAAAUUCUAAGCUGAAAAAUAGCACGACAUUCAUGCCCAUGAUGAGUGUAUGUUAACAACUGGCCAAACCAAGUUCAUAAAGCAAGUUCUGUUUUGAAUACAUGUAAUUUUUUUUAAUGCAGCACAGGGUAACUGGUAAACGAAAUUAGUACUAUACUAUAUGACAUUUUUUUUCAGUUAAAACUAUAAUGUUAUGUUUUCCAAUAUUAAGUUAGUAUAGUUUUCAUUAGUUUCUUGGUGAAUCACCAGACAGUCAACUACUGUUACCAGUAUUAAUAACUGUGCCAAUUUUUAACAUACCUAAGAAAGUCAUUUCUUGUUUUGUUUGAUGUAAUUUGCACUUUCAGCACCACUGAGUUUUAAAUUAAUUAGUCUAGCCACUGUUUAACAAAGCCUCUAAUCUAUAAAGGCUUCACAUCUGUUCUUAGCCCAGAGUGAUAUCGUCACUCUCAAGAAAUCUCAAGAAAAUAGUUCUAACCCUGACUACUGAUGCCUGUGUAGGCAACUUGCCAGUCAAUGCUGCUGAAAGGACUGUAUUACAGCCGUUAUUUCUUCCACCAAGCCAUACACAACACCUGUGGGUAGGGGAAAACACUGCAACGCUUGCCAAACUUAGAAGUUCAAGAUAAAACUUGUGUAAUGUUGGUUUUUCUCAGAGGUCCUUUUGCAAUAUCUCCUUUAUUUAGUUGAAUGAAUAUGAAGAAAAACUUGUAGUUCUUGAACCUUUAACAACAACGGUAUUUUUCAUUAUUUGUGGAGCAUAAAUAUUGCUUUGUCAUAGUUUCAACAACCUUUCAUCAUUCUGCUCUGCCAGAGCCCAGCCCUGCCUAAGCUGUGUUCUUGCGUAGGUUAUUUAUUUUGUGUAUUUAAAAGUGUGUGAAAGUGUGCUUGUCUCAGUCUAUGCACAUGUAACGCUGUAUGUGUUUAUCCUCCCCAUGGAGCACUUUGAUCAAAGUCGCGGGUAUAAAGAAAGGAUUUCCACUCUUCGUUACUGAAAUAUUCAACUUGUUUAUCCAGCCGUUUACCACUUCAGAAAGCAAUAGCUUUAGCAAAAGUACAAGGAAGGAACUGGGGCCAAGAGGUCAUAAGGAAAACACAUUUUACAUGGUACUUGACCAGCUUCAAGAAUGUCCUUGUUUCCAUGUUUUUUCGCUGACUUCAAACAGUAUUUAUAGUAGUGCUUUGAUGCUGUCAUGAUUAAUUGAUGAAGGAGUAUUUUGUAGUCCUUUUUCGAGCUCUAAUUCAGUGAAAUAGAGACAGCAUUUAAUAUCAAUGUGAAAUAUUUAUGGCGCGUUUGAGCUUGUUUAUACUGAGCGAUGGAAGCGACUGCCAAAUCUGGGUUUCAAGAAAAAUGAACAAAAAUAUGAUGGUGGUCGAAAGAAAAACACACGCCUUGGUUUAUGCCUGUUUUGCCCUAAAUUACACUGCAGACCCAGGCAAAAUGUGUGUUUGAAUCAAGAACAGAUUGAAGGACUGAUGAUACAAAUGGUUUCAAAUGUUCUCAAGAGCACUUAAGAGAAUCCGAGGCAUCCCCACUCUCCCAUUUUUGAUCUGAGUCAUUGACUUGUUUGUUGACAGAAAGGUAGGAAAAAGCACCUGAAGUUCCCCUUCUGUUAAGUCGUGUUUUUUCCCAUCCUAAGACCUUGGUUAUCCUUUUAGAGUACCAAAAUGUGUUGCGUCUAUGUGGAAGCAUUUUUUUCCUCUCUGAAGACUAAUAUCUUGUGUCUUGUUUCAAACUAAUUUUGCCUUGGUGUUACCUGCUGCUAUUUGUCUCAGUCCUUAACAGGCUUGUGUUCGUGGCAGUUCAAAAGCAUGCCAGGGGGAAACACUGCUGGUUAGGCUGAUCCUUUUUAUAUUAUUUUCUGGGUUUAGGUUUUUGUUUUUUGUUUUUUACUGCCUCCUCAAAGCCAAGGUGCAAAGGCAUGUAGCCAUGUCCUGAACCGAAUCCUUCAAUAUUUUAUCCUCAAACACCAUACAGGCUUCAACAAAGUCUAUUGUAUAGUAAAUAUUACAUUGCAUGGUUCCCAAAGUGAGUGUUUUACUGCCCUCCACCUUCGUAUCUCAUUUAUGACAACAUUAUACUCAAAUUUCUGUCCAGUGUGGGAAAAAUUAAUCAGAUAUUUUUUAUCGAGUUUAGUAGCACAAACUGGGAAUCCUUAUUUCUGCGAUGUUUCAUGGGAAUUUUUAUGUGUGAGUGUAGUACACCCCCACCCCCUCCCUACAGUGUCUUUUUAAUAUUGAGUUUUAUCCUUAGUAUCAACGAUGUAACUUCUUUUUCCCACUAUUGUGUUGGCUACUGUACAUUCUUCAACAUGUUUGUUAUUCUAGCCACGUUUUUCGGUUUCUUGACAUUUUAAUUGCACAAAAGAAGAAAAAGCUACUCUUAGCUACUCCCUUAUUCACAAGGGGUUGCCAUAGCGGGUAGCUCCACAUAUUCGGUUUGCUAGAUUUUUACGCCGGAUGCCCUUCCUGAUACAGCCCCGAAGGGAUUUGCGUCUCCUACCGGAAAUCAAACCAGGAAUCUUUCGCUUGUUAGGCGAAUGUAUAAACCACUAUACCAUUGUCCCUCAUAAAAGAAAGUCAUUCAUUUUCUGUAUUCAAAUCAUUGUAUCAGUAUAACUGUACAGAAUCUUUGGGAUUUCCUCCCAGAUUUAUCUAACACACUUCAACAACAAAUGUGAAUAAUAUUUUUAUAAAGCACCGAAAUGGCCGACUUGGUGAAUUUGUAAAUAAGGAGGCGAUGCUUUGAAUUUAUAUUGGUCUUCUCUCCUACUGCUUUUUUCUCCUGCUUAUAUCGACUUGUACAAAAAGAGCCGUACAUAUUUGCUUUAUGUAAGUGUACCCUUUUUACUAAUGGGUAUUUCAUUUUAAAAGUGCUUGUUGUUCCCUUCUCAUGUGAAACUCUGUUCAGUGGCCCUGCUUCAGACCUUUGUGGCUGUUCACGUGUAACGUUUCAGUUUAAGUGAACACUGUUAAACACUACACAAAUAACAAUGGGUGGUGUCUCACUUUGAAUACUUCCAUAAUAGUAGCAUAUUAGCUUGAUAGUGUAGUGUUGUCUGAAAUCAGGCACGACAAGAGGCUGGACUAUUGGAGCAUUUUACCAUGGCUGUUAUGUUAGCUGGCACAUUUUGUUCAUGUUUACAUUUGUCAAGUUACUUACUAAAUGUAAUACUAAAUUCUUCUGAAGUAAUGUAAACACAGCAACAUCAGUCCCAGAUUGAAAAAUCUCUUGCUUUUAGCUUUCCAGAUAGCUAGCAAUAACAAGGAUUGUUGCGCUAGCUGCAACAUUUUAUAAACAUAUGACAAAAUGAGCUUCUUACCAUGUAUAACACUUUUCUGUCAUUGCAGAUGUAAGUUUAACAUGCAUAAAUAUCAGCCGAUGCCAUAAUGCGUGAAAUAUCAAUCCCGGGUUGCUAAGCAUCUGCUGGCGGUAGCUAGCUAGAUAGCGCAGACUGCAAGUCUCACACUAGAUGGCGCAUUUAGUGAAUUUAUCAAGUUGUUGAGCCUCUGGUCAGAUAUCUUACACUAAAAUCUCUAUGAAGUCACAGAAAACUACCAGACAAUACCACAGUGCAGACAACAUGCCAACAACACAAAAACAACUAACUAGCUAGUAUUAGCUCAAUAUCUGGCUCUAAUUUGAAGAUCAGCUGUUAAUGCCUUAGUUUCCACUACUUAAGGCCAAAGUCAGACAGGCUGUGCGACGGGUUCAUCAUUCUCCUUGCAAUAUCUGAUCACUAAGGAAAGAUGUAUGGUCCCCCACCAGUUAACAAGUGGUUGCUGGAGAUUGCUGUCUGUCACAAAUGGGGUGCUGCAUCAGACAGCCUCCUUGGGAUCGUUUUGUUUGCUUGCAUAUUGUUGCUUUUGCCUGUAGUUUGCAUGAAAAGCAGCCACUUUUCAACUAUGCUCUCUGUAACUCGAAACGGAGAACAUUCACCUUCAAAAUAAAAGCAGUGCCUUAUCAUUGGAACUAAGACAUUUCAAAAGGUGCAACUUUUACAAUUAAGGUGAAUAUUUGCCAAUUGUGCCACACUUUUGACAGUUUCACUACAGCUUAAUGAGUAGUUUGCGAGCAUUUGCAGGCAAGUUGGACGCUUCCAUGCAAACUGGAGACUGUGCCAGUCUAACAGUGGCUAAAACAAUCAUAAGUAGAUUUUUGGUACAACUCUGUAUACCUGUUGGCAACCAAUGUCAUACUAGCAACUGCCAACAACCUCCAGCAGCCAUUUGCAUACUGUUUGUGGAAUAUACACUCUUUUGCCAUGGUGUUCACUAGCUGUUAGGGUAACCCCACUCACUCUAGGCCUAAGUGAGUGAAGGUUUUAGCAAUCAAUUUCACAGUCAUUGCUCGCAACAACCAGCAACCACUCAUCAACCAGUUGGGCGAUGAACAUUUUUCCCUAGCAACCGGUCAUAAUCAGAUUAUUCCCAGCUGGUCUCUAAGCCUGGGUGAAUAGGUCCUGAGCAACAUUCAGAAUAGUGCAUGUGUCAGAGAUUUACAGUUAACAAACAGUCAGGUGAAUGAUCAACACUAUUCACAAAAUAACGGUAGGGGUGGUAGUACGCAAACUGAGACACAUCUGAUUUACUUUUCCAAUGCCUACCAUGUCAGUCAACCAAGAGAACUCAAUGCCAUCUUUCUAAAUGUCAUAAAACUGAAACCUGUGGUCCCAACUAACCUAUAUAAACUGUGUUUGAGAGUCAGUGUUACCUUCUCUGCUUACUUUCAACUCGAAAUAUUACUGAGCCAAGUCCACCCUCUUACUCCUCUUUUCUGCACAGCCUUCACAAUAGGCCCUGAUUUCAUUUAAUUUGUUUUGCAUGCUUUCAAAAGGAGACAUAGUGGAGAGAAGGCGUCAUCGCUUGCUCCUCUUUGCGUACUGUUGGUUUUCAAUACUUUCCCCUUGUCCCUUUACCCAACACCGUCAUUGCUGACUUUCUCUUUGAGUACUUUGAAACCAUACCCAAAGCUUUAUAUCAUAGAAAUACCGUUCCUCAUGUUUGUUACAUGAAUCUGUCAAAAGUAUAUUUUUAAUUUAAUAUAAAUAAAGAUUGAUUCGAUAUA